AGGCUGAGGGGGUUGUGACUACCAUCAAGUUCACACGGUUACCAUUCAUAGGACACUAUGGAUGACUUACCGAGUGAACACCAGCGGAUGAUACGCCGCCACCACCGGGAGAAGAAAGAGCUACAGGCUCGCAUCCAGAGCAUGAAAAACUCCGUCCCCAAGAGCGACAAGAAGAAAAGAAAGCAGUUGCUCCUGGACGUGGCCCGCCUUGAGGCCGAGAUGGAGCAGAGGCACCAGCAGGAGUUGGAGAGGUUCCAGGAGAACUUCCCAGACAACAGUGAUCUUGAUUCAAUCACUGAAGAUCUGGCCAAGAUGGAUCUCGAGAACCAACCUCCCAGAGUUUCCAGAGCACAGAGAAGACGGGAAAGAAGGGCAGCCUUGGAGAGAGAUAGCCUGGAAAGAAUCGCUAAAGCAGAGAUGGAGCAUAUGGCCAGCUUCCGUCGUGAGGAGGAGAAGAAGGUCGCUGCCAUUCUUGAAUCCAAGAAUCUGGAGAUGAAGGAUAUACCUGCUGAUGGCCACUGUAUGUACCGUGCCAUCCAAGAUCAGCUGGUGUUUUCUAUGACGGUGGAGAGCCUGCGCUGCCGCACUGCUGAGUAUAUGCAGAAACAUGUCGACGACUUCUUGCCCUUCUUCAGCGACCCAGAGACGGGUGGCACCUACACCCUCGACGACUUCAUGAGCUACUGCGAAAACAUCAAACGCAGUGCAUCAUGGGGAGGCCAGCUGGAGCUGAGAGCCCUGUCUCACAUCCUGCAGAUGCCCAUCGAAGUGAUCCAGGCCGAUUCACCCAUCAUCGUCAUUGGGGAGGAGUACAAGAAGAAACCACUCAUCUUGGUCUAUCUACACUAUGCCUGCAACCUUGGAGAGCACUACAAUUCGGUGAAGCCACUCGAGGCUGGCGCUGUCGGUGGUGCAGCUCCUCGACUCUUCUAGGCCUUUUCACAUGCUACAGAACCCUCUGGAUGCCAUUGCUGCCGCGCAGUCGCUAGAGCUGAAGCCGCUGCCUCAUCUGCUCAGUAGGCUCAUUUUUUUUUUCCAUUUGGUUCUUUUUCUUUUUUCACUCCUCGUUUUACUUAAUAGGUUCCUCCCACUGCCGCUUACCCCUUGGCCUUCUAUCCUCCCUGUGGUUCCUUCAUUGAUUCCUUCAAGCAGUGGGAGAUGGGAGACUGAUGAGGGAAUGUCUGAUUUUACUACACGAGAGACAGGAGUUUGAUAAGCUCUGAACUCUUUUUGCCCAUGUAGAUCUUUAGUUCUCUCUCCUACUGAGAGUUGGUAGUGUUUCAAAGAGUUUUGGAUAAAAAUGGGAACUUGUUGGGGCUGUGGUUAUAGCUUGGUGGUAGAGUGCUCACCUAGCAUGUGUGAGGCGCUGGGUUCGA